AUGCCACUGCCAACCACCCUCCUCCGCUCCCUCCCGCCUAUAAAGCGUCGCUCCCUCCUCCUCCCUCUCCCCCUCCGCUCCCUCUCCACCCAACCCUCCCCCAGCGCGCCCACCCCCUCAGCCGAAACCGAAACCGGAACCGGGACCAACCCCAGGCACCCGAUCCGCACAGUCUUCAUUCCCCCCAGCCCCAAGCCCUUGAUCCGCAAAGUCGAGUUCAGUCCCCCCGAGGGCUCCAAGCCGCUCGUCCGGCGCUACGAAAGCCUCCCCAGCUUCGCCUUUGGCACGGGGCGGCCCGUGGAGUGGGAGGCCGGCGACGGCCCACUGAUCCGCAAGACAGGCGCGCACUGGAGCGGCGCCUCGCCCACGAUCCGUCGCGAGUUCAACUACUUUGCGCCGGCAGAGGCACCAGCGGAGGAGGAAGGGAAGAAUCCAAACAGAAUUGUCAUUGGGAGGAAGAAGCCGGAUAUGACUGCGCCGGGACACUCGACGUUGGGGAACGAGGCGUCGGCGGAGGAGGGUGCGGCGUUUAGGAGGCCGAAUAUGAAACCGCUGAAACCGACGAAGUUGACGGUGGAGCAGCAUAGGCUGGAUAGGCCGGAGAUUGAGACGACGUGGGUGGACACGCAUUGUCAUCUGUUUACGACACUGAAGAUGCUGAAGCAAGGCAGCGGCGACACCACGCUCCCCGAGGACGGCAUCGACAGCCUCGUGAAGGCCAUAUUCCCCGCGCAGGUCACCGCCGUCGUCGACAUCCACUGCGACCUGCCACUGACCAACCUGCACGAGCACGGCGCCUCCCUCCCGUGGCCCCCACACUUCAAAUACUACUUCUCCAAGGGCGUGCACCCGCACUGCGCCACCGACUACAGCGACGACGUCCACGCAUCCCUCAUCGAGGCCAUGUCGCACCCCUCAUGCGUCGCCUGGGGCGAGUGCGGCCUCGACUACUUCAAGAACGACGUCUCCACGCACCCGAUCCAGCGCGCCGUCUUUGCGCGGCAGCUCACGGCCGCCGUGGCGGCCGGAAAGCCAAUCAUCAUCCACACGCGCGCGGCGGACGACGACACGCUGCGCAUCCUGCGCGAGCACGUGCCCAGGGACCACCGCAUGCACGUGCACUGCUUCACGGCGGGGCCAGUGCUGGCGCGCGCGCUGAUGGCCGAGUGGCCGAACGCGUACAUCGGCGUGACGGGCGUCGUGGGGUAUCGGGACAUGGACCAUGUCACGGGCUUGCUCGAGAGCGGCGAGAUACCCGUGGGGAGGCUGCUGCUCGAGACGGAUAGCCCGUAUAUGGCGCCGAGAUGGGCGUACGCGUGGAUGGCGGCGCAGACGCCCGAGUUGAAGAAGAGGAAGUUCAUUGUGAGCCAUGCGGGGAUGAUACCGUUCACGGCGGAGCAUGCCCUGGCGCCUAUCAAUGCUGGGAGGAGGGCGAGGGGGGAGGCGGAGAUGGGGCUGGUGGAGAUGCUGGAUGUGACGAGGGGGAAUGCGGCGAGGAUGUAUGGGAUUGAUGUUUGA